UGGGUGAACGAUCUGUCCCACACUCUUCCUCUGGGGAGCGGAUCUACGCAGGAGUGGAUGGGGAGGCACUACCAGCAAAGGGGAGCAGGGACUAGUCGUCAGUCGUACUCGGCAAUGCGGGAGGAGGGUAUCUAUGGUGGUGAUACGGAGAUUGUGGACUUGGAUUUCGGCUUGUCAAGCAAGACGCCUGGAGUGGGUGCGAACACUUGUGCAUCGAACCACGUGGGCACCAUGACCAUCGGGCAAACGUCUGUGGGUCGGGUGGGAGUGGUGGGGGUAGGUGGAAGAUCCUCCCGUGUGGGUGGCACGGAAGAUGGGUGUCGUCAAGCGCCCUCCAUUUGUGGAGGCAUGGGACCAGCUGGCAAUCCGCCGAGGGCAGUGUUACCCACCCACUCCGCGACGCCUUCGCCUGCGCUUUGGCAGAGGGUGGCCGCACCGGCGGCGAACACCAGCACUUCUCCACCAGAAGAAAUGGGGAGGCAGGCGUGGGCGUCCUGGCGCCAACAGAUGCGCCGAGCGACCACUGAUAACAUAACGAACGGGGUGUCGCUGAUGCGUGUGGGGAGCGAUGCUGAUGCGGACGAUUGUCGGAGGGCGAGUGGUGAAGAAUCUCCAGAUUCCCAUUGCGAGGAGGAACCAGAAGAUGCGGAUGACUUGGAGAUUCGACCCGUUGGUGUGCGUGGUGGACGGAGGGGUGGAUGUGGACGUCAACAGAAGGCCGCGUCACCUUCCAAAUGGAUCAGCGAGUGUACCUUGAGAUCGACAAUAUGUCUCAAGGCAAUAAGGACCAUCUACUCGGAUAACCUCGUCGACACGAGCGCCCAGGGAGGAGUGCAGAUGUCGGGGGAUACUCAACGUCAGCCAUCUGUUGCAGGCGAAUCCUAUGCCAGGGGAGAUGUCGGUGAUAGCAAUGACGCAGAUGGAGGGUUGGCGCGGGAGUCCGGGUUCAAUGCAGGCAACACGGGCGGCGCUGGCAAGAGAAAGAACAUGCGUCAACAAACUUUUGACACCAUCGCCGAAGUGAUGGAGAAGCACGAUGCAUUGAUGGCGGACACCGUAGAGGGGGCAAACAAGCGACAGUGUAGCAUCCUGGAGCGGCAGUGCGACAUACUCGAACGCGAGGUCGACGACCAGAAGCGGCACUACGAGGCGUCCGACGAGGCGAACAGAAUGAUGUCCACUGCGUUGUUGGAGAUCGCUAAAGCAAUAAGGGAGAGGUCGUGACGCCGCCUGAAGUCCUGCAUCUGUGUACAUUCUUCCGUAGUCGGUCGUCAUGUGAAUGCAUGUCUUAACAGU